UGAGUCUUGAAGUUUUGGCAGGCAUACUCCCACUAAAAGAUCGAUUCAAUUUGUUAUCACUCCGGUUCCUCAUCAGGUGUGAGGUCAUGAACCCAUUGGUGACCGCAAAUUUUGAAAGGCUUCUUGAGCAAAAUCUUCAAACCAGAUUUAUGUCUAUAUACCAUGUCUUCAUGUCCAUGCAGGUUAAUCCUUCUUCAUAUUCUCCAACUCGUGUUUACAUCCCAGACUACGACAACUCUUCUGUCCAGUUUGAUUUGUCUAUGCAGCAAGAAAUUCGUGGAAUCCCUGAUUCACAUCGUCCACUUCUGAUUCCAAGAAUUUUCGAUGCUAAAUAUAGACACGUCGAUGCUGACAAAAUGUACUUUACAGAUGGGUCGCUUAUAGAGGAAUCAACGGGAUUUGGAGUUUUUAACGAAAUAGCUACUGCCUCAUAUAACCUCCAUCCACCAUGCUCGGUAUACAUCGCAGAAUUAGGAGCCAUUUACUGGGCGUUGGACAGCGUCGUUUCAAGGCCAGUAGGACACUACUAUAUUAUAACGGACAGCCUCAGUUCUGUUGAAGCAAUCCGUUCAAUAAGACCAGGAAAGCACUCACCGUAUUUCCUCGGGAAGAUACGGGAAACUCUGAGUGCUUUAUCAAGACGUUGCUUUGCCAUCACCUUCGUUUGGGUCCCCUCACAUUGCUCGAUAUUGGGUAAUGAGAGGGCGGACUCUCUGGCAAAGGUGGGGGCGAUGGAAGGCGACACAUAUCACCGUGAAAUCGUCUUCAACGAAUUUUACUUCAUAGUUCGAAGGAACUCUCUUGUCAACUGGCAGCGCAAAUGGGACGAGGAUGAGUUGGGUCGAUGGCUCCACUCGAUUAUCCCAAAGCAAUUUGUGUAGUUGCGGCCAAGGUUACCAUGACAUCGAGCAUAUUGUUUGGUCGUGCGAGGUCCAUCUUGUCGCUAGAACGAAUUUGAUAGACUCCCUUCGGGCCCGAGGAAAACCACCCUAUGUUCCAGUGAGAGAUGUGCUGGGUGUGAGAGACUUGGACUACAUGUUCGAAAUAUAUCUUUUCCUAAAAGCUAUUGAU